UCAAGUGUCCUUUUUUCUAUUUUUUUUCUUUUUUAUAAGAUAAAGAUAAAUUAUCGAUACGUUAUAUAUAGUGCAAUCUCUCUGAAAGUCUCCACCACAAUCCCUAAUUCACAACUAACUCUACUUCCAGUUCCAGUCCAAAAACCAACAAGUACCCCCACCAAUUUUUUAAAAUAUAAAAAUCAAUGAGAUGCGUUUAGAAAUACGCAUCGCGUGGACUCGCCUGCCCAAAUGUAAAUUUGGCGGGAAUAUUCAACUGCAUGAGAGGCAGAGAAAUGAGUGACACAUUGAAUGACCUUUUUGAUCAAAUUAUUUAUUCAGAGCAACAGGCCCAGAAACGUAACUUGUAUCUGCAGGAAGUGAAAGCAAAGAUUAGUGCCUGCCAGAAGGACCUAGAGGACAAUGAGGAUGAACGAGAAGCACUGAGGGGACAGCUAGUGUUAAAAGUUCAGCACCUGAAUGAUGAAGAACUACAGAACAAGUGGCUCCAGUCGCGACGGAUGAUCCUUGCAGAGAAACGAGACCAUCUACAGAAUGAGAUAGCUGAAAUGAAGAAAGAAUUGGAAGAGGUCAAGAAGUCAUCCAUUAAUGAAACGAGACAAUUUUGUGAUGAUGUGAAGCAGUUUAGCCAACAAUACGACUUGCUUAGCACGGGAAGAUUAACUCGGGAAAAGGAAGUUUGCGAUAGAAUUCUUCAGUGUAAAGAAAAGGAACAGCAACUGGUAAAAGAUCUGGCUUGCUAUGAAGAAAGUCGUCAGUGUGUUCACCAGAUGAAGACAGAAAAAGACGAAGUGGAUGAAGAACUUCAGACACUAAAAAAUCAGCUGUGUGAUUUGGAUGCCACAUUGAUGUCUGAACAGAAUGAAUUGCAAAAGCUGGAACAAGAAAGGGAGGAAACUCUUCACUUUCCACAAAAUGGAGCAGAAUUCCAAAGGCUUCAGAGAGAGCUUGAUGAGCUCCAGUCGUCCCACCUGGAGAGUCGGUGUCAGAAACUACAGCAGGACGUUAGGAGUCUACAGCAUCAGAUACGGCUACAACAACGGCAAAUUCAACAGCAGCAGCAGCAAGAGAUACAUCAACAGCAGCAGAGAGAAAUACAGCAACAGUUGCAGACACAAAAUCAGUCAAUGAAGUUUUCUGUCACUACACAGCCAAGUCAUGUCCCUCAGUCUGAACAGGCAUUUGGGUUAAAAGGAAACCGACACUGUGUGAGCAACUUUCCUGUACGAAGGAAUUCAGCAAUACCUAAUCUUCAAAAGAUGUUCACUGAAUCUUCAAGUCCCAAUAUUCUGAGCCACGUAUUUGAUGAUGACAUGUCUCUUCCUGAUCUCGACGACACAAACAUGUCCGAUGACAGUUCAGCAAAUCCUUCCACACUAGCCGUUUCCUCAAGUUCAUAUCAAGCUUCUAAUGCACCAAAACCCAUCUUCAAUUUCAAACAUGUUAAAAAAUGUUAAGAUACUUACUUAAACAAUUGUUUAGAAAUAAAACACGGUCUUAUUUUAAUAUUCAGUUGAAAUGAUAGACCCUUGUUUUUAAAAACUUCAACAUAUCUUUCAAUAUUAGAUCUGGUCUGUUAUAUUGAAAAUAGACAUGACUUGUAUUUUAUUGUUUAGAUUAUCCAUUUCCAUACAUCCAAAGUGUUUUUGGUCAUCCUAGUGUUUGUAAUAUAAUUCUAAAAAUGCAUGUGUGUCCGAGAAGUAAUAGUUAUGGACACAAGCUCUGGUCUAUGUUUAGAGAGUAUUUCUUUGUUUCAAAAUCACAGAUUCUCAUUUUACAUAUAUAUGUUAAAGGUUUGUACAUUCACUAAAAUUAGUGUCCAUUUUCACAGGUUAAAACCAGGGUCUGCGACUUUAAGAAAGACUAGUAUGUUUGUCAGAAUCAUUGCCUUAAAACUAAGGAAUUAAAAUGUUUAAAAUGAA